GAUCAUCUCUAUAUAUUUACAUAUAUAAUUAAUAAUUCUGCCACCACUUCCACCAAAAAAAAAAAUCAAUAAAAAAAAACACCACUACCACAGUAAAAAUUAUUUAAUUUGCAAUCAUCGAACAUAAAUCAUCAUUUAUUUGGCAUCUUACAAUUAAAAAAAAAACGCUUCACCAAUAAUCAAAAAAAAAAUAUUUUUUACAAAAAUAAAACCAUUUAAUUUAUGUAUAAAAAACCGUCCUAAGUUUCAAACUAAUAAAGUUUUAUAAAUUAUAAUCAUCGUAGCACAUCCACAACAAGAACAGCAACAACUACAUCAACUCCAACAACAGUGGCAACAACUACAAGUACAGCAAUAUCAUCAACAGCAACAACAACAACACAACUCAAUUCAACAACAGCAAUCUCAUUUAAAAUUUACAAAUAACUUAAGUGAUAUUAAAAAUUUACAACAACAAUUAGAAAAAUUUUUAAAACAACAACAAAAUAUUCAAUUCCAAAACCAGUUUAUUUUAGAUAAAGUUGAAUAUUUAUUACUAUUAUUAGGUAUUAAUUCAACAUAUUUAAAUUUAAAGACAUGAAUCAUCAGAUAGAGCAACAACAGAAACAUCUUCAUAAUCUUCAAUUAUCCGUUAAAUCACCGAAUACCUUAAAUUCACAUUUUGGUUUAGGAAAUUUAACAAAUAAUUUAAUUGGAGGUGAUAAUCUUAAUAAUAAUAACAAUAAUAAUAAUAUAAUAAAUAAUAAUAAUAAUACGAAAAUUCUUAAUAAUAAUCAUAGUAAUAAUAAUAACAAUAACAAUAAUAAUAACAAUAAUAUAAGUGAUUUAAAUAAUCAACAAUUAAAUAAAAAUAGUGGUAGUGGUUUUGGACAUUCAAUAUUUCAACAACAACAAAAACAAUUACAUAUACAACAAAUGUAUCAAAAACAUAAUCAACAACAACAACAGCAACAAAUAAUGCAGCAGCAACAACAACAGCAACAACAUUCUCCACCCAGUCUACAUAGAUCAAUUUCAUCGAAUUCAUCAUCACAAAUGUCUUCGCCACCAUCAUCUAGCCAUACGACAUCAACAUCAACAACUGGUGCAACAAUUGUUACACAACAAGAUAAUUUAAGUUUAAAUUCAUCAUCCCAAGCAAUACUUGAACAUUCUUCCCAUCUUGGUAAUAAUCAACAUUCCAAUGAAAGUGAUAUUCAGCAAUCUCAACAACAACAGCAACAACAACAAUCGAAUCAUCAACAACAACAGUCACAACAGCAACAACAUCAUCAUCUUCAUCAUCAUCAUCAUCAUCAACAUCGUCGAAAUUCUUCUUCGCCAGGAAAUAAUAAUUUAUCAUCGAAAUCAUCAUGUUGGUGCUUUGGUAAGUCUGAACAUGAUCAGAAUGGAUCACCAUACAGUAGUGAACAAAAACUUGAGCUAGCUCUUGUAAAAGCUGGUGGCGGUGAAACAACAUACCAUUUUAAGACACUUGUACCUGCUGUUGCAGCAGGUGCAAUUAUUGGUAAAGGUGGCGAAACAAUUGCUACUCUGCAGCGGGACACUGGAGCCAGGGUGAAAAUGUCAAAGUCUCAUGAUUUUUAUCCAGGCACUUCGGAACGUGUCUGUUUAAUAACUGGUUCAGUUGAUGCCAUAAUGAACGUUUUAGAUUUCAUUAUGGAUAAAAUACGUGAAAAACCAGAUUUAACACAAAAAUUAACUGAUGCUGAAGCAAAACAAGCACAAGAACGUGAUAAACAAGUUAAAAUUUUAGUACCAAAUUCAACAGCUGGUAUGAUUAUUGGUAAAGCUGGUGCCUAUAUUAAACAAAUUAAGGAAGAAAGUGGUUCCUAUGUACAAAUAUCACAAAAGCCAAAAGAUAUAACAUUACAAGAACGUUGUAUAACAAUUAUUGGUGAUAAAGAUAACAAUAAAAUUGCAUGUAAAAUGAUAUUAUCUAAAAUUGUUGAAGAUCCACAAUCUGGUACAUGUUUAAAUGUAUCAUAUGCUGACAUUAAUGGCCCAGUAGCUAAUUAUAAUCCAACUGGUUCCCCAUAUGCAACAAAUCAGAAUGCUAUUAGUUCUAGUACAGCUUCAUUAAAUUCGGCAUUAGGUACUACAGUUGGUGGUGCUGCAACAGCAGCUGGUUUAUUAGUUAAUGGUACUGGUUUAAAUUUAUCAUUGAAUUUGGGUGCACCAAAUCCAUCACCAAAUCCAGCUAUUGCUACACAAUUAUUAGAUCAUAUCAAGGUUGCCAUGAGGGGUGCAGGUUAUGCAGAUAAUGUAACAACAGAAGUUGUUGCAGCAUUAGGUGUGUUAGCAAAAUAUGGUAUAUUAGGUGUUGGUGUUGGUUUACCACAUGCAAAUGGAGCUCAUACAUCACCAGUUGGCUAUUUAGGUGCUGUAUCAGCAUUAGAACAGACAGCAGCUGCAGCAGCAAAUAGUGUUUUUGGAGCUUUGGGGCAAGUUAAUAUAGAACAGUAUAUAACUGGACAAUCUCAAGCUGCACAAAAUCAAACACCACGUGCAGCAUUAGAGGCUGCGGCUGCAUUUGAUCCAUUCCGACAUACAUCACAAGCUGUUACACCAAUAUCAAUAAAUAAUAAUAGUUUUGGUUUAGCGGCAGCAACAACCGGUAGUCAAGCGGCACAAGCUCAAGCACAGGCAUUAGGAGCAGCACAAACAUUGGGAGCAUUAAGUAAAAGUCCAACACCAGGUGAUUUAGGUGCUAAGGAUACUAAAAAUUGUGAAAUACCUGAAGUAAUUGUAGGCGCUAUAUUAGGUCCAAAUGGUCGUAGUUUAGUUGAAAUUCAACAUGUAUCUGGCGCUAAUAUACAAAUAUCAAAAAAAGGAAUAUUUGCUCCUGGCACUAGAAAUCGUAUUGUAACUAUAACUGGUCCACAAAAUGCCAUAACAAUGGCACAGUAUUUAAUUGAACAGAAAAUCAACGAGGAAGAAAAUAAAAGGGCGCGACAAAACCCAUUAACAAACAAUACAAUACAAUAGAUUUUAAUGAAUUUAACAUUUAAUAUUAAUUAUAGAAAAUGACAAUUAUUAAAUUUUUCAAAUUAAAGAAAGGAUAUAUAAAUAAAAAAAUACAUAUAUAUAUAUAUAUAUAUAUAUAUAUAUAUAUAAAUUGAAAAGUUAUAAAAAAAAAUUAAAUAAAAUUAAAAAUAAAUAAACUUUUAAUUCAAAAAUGAAAAAAAAAACAUAAUUGUAUAAAAUACAUGUAAUAUUAUAAUCGAUUGAAAUUUGUAUAUAAACUAACAAUACUUUAUUAUUACUUAUAUAUUUGUAAAUAUAUAUAUACAUACAUAUGGAAUAUAUAAAAUUUUAUCUUGAAUAAUUUUACUUUAUUUUUAUGCUAUCUCAAAAUUUGUUGGCUCUUCCUUAAAAACAAAAAUAGCAAAUUUAGUUAUUUCAAUGAAAAAAAAAUAAGAAAACUAAAAUAUAAAUAAAUAAGCAAGGAAUAUUCACAAAAAAUAAAAUUUCUCAAUUUUUCAUUAGUUCUGAAUUGAAAAUAAUUAUAUUAACAAAAUUUCAAAAUAAUAGAAUCAAAAUUCUAUACAUUUGUAGAAAAGUAUAAGUAACAUUUAAAAAUUUAUUAAUUUACUUUCAAAAAUUACAUAAUACUUUAACGAACUGAACUUCAAUGUAUCUUUCUUUAUUUAAAAACGUUUAAUUUUUAAAAAUUUCCACAUCUCAAAGAAUUAUCAAAAGAAAAUUUAAUAAAAUUUAAAUAUGCGUCCAGUUAUAUAAAUUAAAGUAAGUGAAAAUAUUCAAAAAAAAAUUUUUAAAAAGAAUAAAUACAAUAUAAUGUUUAAGGAUAUAAAACUCUAAUUACGUUUUUAACAUACUUCUAUAAUUUUUCUUAUUACUUAUUAAAUUAAAAUAAUAAUAUUGUUCUUAUAAUUAAACAAUAAUUUUAAAUUUUCUAUUGCCUAAAUAUUGGGCAUUUUAUUACAUUUAUAAAUAUUUCAACACUUAAAAAUGAAGAAAGAAAAUUGGUAUAAUUAUGAAAUAUAAAUAUCAUUAUUAUAACUAAUUUGUUGAAAAGUAAAUUAAUGUGAAAAUAUUUCAAUAAUCGAGAUAUAAAUAUUUUAAAAUAAUUUAAAAUUGUUCAAGAUUAAAUAUAUUUUGAAUGAUAUCUAAUAAAAUGUAUAUAAAUAGAACAUUCAAGUCAUGUAUGUAUAUACAUAUAUAUAUAUAUUAUAUACUUAUAUAUAUAUAUAUAUAUAUAUAUAUAUACAUUUAAGCGGGUAAAUUGUAAAAUUGUUAGCUAUACGUACUGAAUAUACCAUUUCAUAAUAAUACACCAUGGAAAUUUGAAAUUUAAUUAAAACAGAAAUACAUUUAUUCAUUUAUUAUAUAUAAUAAUUAUAAAUUGCGAAUCAAUUUUUAAACAGCGUGAAUAUUUUUCGUAAUAAUUUCUCAUCCUUCAAAUUUGCUCAAUAUAUAGUAAAAAGUAAUUAAUAUAAAUAUAAAAGGAUUCUUUAAACGCACUUUAAAAGCAUAUUAUAAUCUAUAUAUUAACAUUUAAAAAUAUUAUUUUAACAACAAUAACAUAAUAUAUAUUGAAUCAAAACAUUUAACUUAAAAUAUGCAAAAAUAUUUUUAUAUUUUUACAGUAUACUACAUAUAUAUUGAACACAAUAAUUUCAGUUUUUAAAUUUACCCUUGCGUAUAUACAUAUUAUAUAAUUAUUAUAUACACAUGAUCUUUUAGGAAAAAUAUUUAAACCAAUUUUAAAUUUAAUAAAAACAAUAAAAUAAUUUGAAAAAAAAAAAAACAAAAGUAUUUAGGAAUAUAAUAAUCAUAUUAGUAAAAUAUAAAUAUAGAAAAUUUUUAAGAUUUAUUGAAAGAAAAAAAAAUUAAAAACAAAAAAAAAAUAUAAAAAUUUAAGGUGAAAUGAUGAAUUAGAAGAAAACGUAACAUUUUUCAAUUAUUAUUUCAAAAUAAAGACGACUUUAUAAAAAUAGUUACAAUACAAAUUAUUUCAUUAUUAUAGUAUAAAUAAUAAUACAUAUAUAUGUGAUCCUAUAUAUAUUUUCUUCAUUAUAAUAAAUUAUAGAUACAAAACAAAAUUAUUAAAUACUAAAACAAAACAAAAAUAUUUAAAUAUAUGAAAAGAUUCUUAUUUUUUAUAUUUAAAAACAAAAUAACUUCAUUAUAUAUAGGAAAAUACCAAAAUUAAAUUAAAAAAAAAACGAAAACAACAAAAAUAAACUACGAUACAAAAACUUAAAAUUAAAUAAUCUUUUAAAAUGUUAUAUAAAGUAAACCAACAGUAAAAUCAAUAUUGUUCUUCAACUCUUUCUGGGUCACUCAAUUUAUACACUCAAAAAAAAAAAAAACAAAAAACAAAUAUAAUAAAAUAUGAGCUAUAAAAUUUUGAAAUAUAACUUCUACCAUUAAUCAUUACAUAAUUAUAUAGUAAAAGAAUUAAAAAAUUUAAGCUGAUUUUUACUUGAGUCUUUUGAAUUAAAUUUUAAAAGCUACUUAGACAAAAAAAAUUAUUCAAUAAAUAUGAAAUUAAUAUCUUUUUUCAUUUUACAAUAUUGAAAUUUCUUAAUGAUUACAUACAAAUAUAAACAGCUAAAUAAAUUAUUAAACAUUAUCCUAAAGUUUUGAUAAAUAAAUACUUUUUACGCAUUAUAUAAAUUAUUACAUAACAAUAAGAAUAAGAUAGAAUAAAAUGUGAAAUACGCGGUAACCUGAAAAAGAGAAAAUCCAAAAAAUUUUAUUCUUUUAAAAAGGAUAAAAAAAAAACAGAAAGAUUUACUAGUUUUAUAUAGCUUCUAUGAAAAAUAGUUAUAGAAAUGAAAAAAUAAACUCAACUUGUAAUACCCAUUCUUCCAUAUUCUCUAAAACGCAUCAAAUUGAAGCGAUAAAAUGAAGUAUUCAAAAAUUUCGUAAAGUUUUGAAAAUGAAUUCCAUCACUUCUCCAAUUCUAAUAAUAUAAUAUCACUUCAACUGAUGUGUGUUAGAGAAUAUGAUUAAGUAUCUAAAAAUAAAUAAAAUCGAAAGCAACAACACAUUUCUCUUUAAAUAAAGUUAUAAAAUUCACUGCAUAUUAAAAAAAUACGUUAAAUUUAGCUUUUGCCUAAUAGUUUAUAAAACAAAAAACUAACUUUUGAAAAAUGAAGCAAAAUCCCAGUUGUAUUUUAAUUAGCAAUACAAAGGAUUCAAGUAAAAAUCAUCUUUUUUUUUUAAUUAAAAAUAAAAUUACAUUAAAAUGAUUGUUUCCCCACAAAACUAUUUAUAAUACAUAAUAAAACAAAAACCAAUAUGUUUAAAAUAAACAUAUAUAUACAUACAUAUAUAUCUAUAAAUAUACAAUAUAUACAGAUGUUUUGCACUUGUUUAACUAUAAACACGAAACAAAAAAAAAAUUAUUUUUUAACCCUCUUAGAAAAUAAAUAUAUAACUUAUAUAUAUAUAUAUAUUUUAAUGAAAAAUGGAAAGUCAUAAUCGAAAUUUUCGCAUUGAAUUUUAAAAUUUUAACACAUAUAAAAUACAUACUACAUACAAACUUGGAAUACAUAUAUUUAUAAAAAAGUAUUAAGAAUAAAUUACACAUUGUAUAACUUCAAUAAACCAUUUACCUUUCAGGCAUUUUAGCAAUAAUUAAUUAUUCUUAAAUCAACCUAACAUGUUCAAAUCACUAUUUCCUAUAUAAUUAUAUUAAAAAAUUAUAUACAAGUAUAUAUGUACAAUGCAUUAUAUUAUUAUAUCUUAAACGAUAUAUAAUUACAUACACAAUCAAAUCGAAAAAUUUUAUAACUACAAUCAUAAAUAAAACCAAAAACGCAAAUUAAUUAAUUCGAACAUAAUUAAAAAUCAAAUUUAAUUCUGAAUUUAUGACUGCAUAUAAUAUAAAUAAUACGUUUGAUAUAUGUAAUAUAUUUAUAAAUUAAAGAUCCCAUAAAAAUAAAACAGAAGACAUACAAAAUUAUUACAAUAUUUAAAGUACAUACUGUCGUGUUAUUUAGAAGAAAUCAACCAAGUACAAAUUGAUAAUUUUUUAAUUAACAUCAAAAUGUUAUUUAAGUUCAACAUAAAAAUUAAAUCUUUACAAAAGAGAUUUUAUUAAAAGCAAACUAAUGAUUACAAAGUUUUAUUCUAAAAAGCAAGGGAUUAAAAAAUUUUAAAUGCAGUUUUACAACAACAAACUAAUGUAGAAAAGAAUCAUUAUUUCCACAAUUAAAAUUUAGUCAAUUUCUUUUAGAUAAUAUCAAUUAAAUAACGAUUCAUAGAUAAACCGAUUUAUUAUUAUAUUCGUAUUAUUUUAUCUAUUUGACGCAAACAUUAAAAAUUUCUCACACGAAAUCUAUUUUUGUUUAAAUCUAUUUUUGUUUAAGAAACCAAAUUUAAAUUAAUAAUUAGAAGUACAAAUGUAUUUUAAAUUUGUUUCAAAUACAAUAAAAACUUGUGUUGAUUCUUUGAGAAAAUUAGAAUUGAUCAUUUCAGUAACGGAGUGAUUAUUAUUUUACUAUAUCUAUUUCUAUAAACUUUUCAUUGGUAACUUCAAUCUUCCAAUUAAGAUUUGAAAAAAAAGCAACAAUGCUUGUACUAUAGAUGUAGAUAUACCCUACCUUAUAAUUUUUUUUAUGAACUUUAAUUUUACUGACAAACAAAAUUAAAAAAUGUAUAUGUAUUUAUAUGUUACAAAAUUAAAUAUUCUAAUAGUAAAUUAAGCAUAAUACGUACCUAUUAUAUUAUUAAAAGAUUAUUACCUACUUAAAUUAUUCGAUACCAAAAUAUUAAAAAAAGAAAAUAUUAUUAUAUAAUUAUAAUUUGUUAUCAAAGUUUUAUAGCUUUAUAUAUUGUGUCAAGAAUUUAUAACUAUAUAACGCAUAUAGUACAUAUUAUAUAACACAUUAUGUAAUAUGUAUCGCAAUUAUUUUUGAAGAGAAAAUCACAAAUCUAUAUAAUAAAUGUGAAAUUAAAAAUCUUCAAAAUACACAGUUUUUUUCUCGGCUAUUUAUGUGAUAGUUUAAUAUAUACAUUUUUUUUAAAUCACUGUGAAUACAAUUAAUAUUUUUUAACUUAAUUUUUCAUUGAGUUUCAAUUAAUUAACGUUUCCAAUAGAAAAAAUAUAUAUUAUAAAUUUGUUAAAUUGAUGAGUUAAAAAAAAAUACAGUCACAGUCUCUAUGAACAUUUUUAAUGCAUUGUUAUAAAUUUACAUAAUUAUGUAUAUACGUAUUAAAAAAUAAAUGUUAAAUAGUAUUCAUAUUUAUAAUAUAUUAUACAUAUUAUAAAAUUAUCAAUAUUUAUAUUGAUUUACAAUAUAGAUAAACUUAUACGUUUAGCAUACUUAGCAAAUUUUGUCAUAUAUUCAAAAAUAUAUGAUAAACAACGUUAAAGUUAUACGAAAUAAAAUAUAAAUUUAAUUAUUAUAUAACAAAAAAAACACAAAAAACUAUCAAUAUUUAAAUUUACUGUAUAACAUUUUAUAUACAUUUCUUGUAGUUAAAAAUUUAAUAUUUGUUAUUGUUUUAAAUAUUUUACGUUUUAAAAAUGAUUGAGAGAUAAAUUAUAUUUUCAGUGAAUUUAAUUUAUAUAUAUAUACAUAAAUAUUAAAUAAGUGAAUUAUAAAAAACAGUUAUAUUUUCGUACAGUUUGUUUUUAUUUUUUUUAAGAUUUUUCUUCUCUAUAUUAAUUGUUUAAGAUUUUUAUUUCUUAAAAUUUAUAUCUAGUCCGAAAAUAUUAAUUAACAUAUUAUUGUAAAAAGCGGGUUUAUCAUAACAAAGCAGCAUAUAUAUAUAUAUAUAUAUAUAUAUAUAAUCUUUAAAGAUUAUAAGAGAUGUUAGAAAUCAAAGUAUAAGAGAACAAAAUUUAAAACAAAAGUGCUCUAAUUCUAUUUAGAAACUUUCGGAGGAUAAUAAAUUUUUAAUAUGGAAGAAAAUUAAUUGUUAAAUAAUUUUGUAUAAUAAAAAUAAUAUUAAAUACGUAAUUUUUAACGAUUCAAAGUUUAAAAAGUUAUUUUUUUUUUUAAUUUCGUGAAAAUUUAUAUAUAUAAAUAAAAAAUAAAAGAUGUAGGGUCAUAUAAAUUUUAAUAUAUUGUUGUUUUAGUAAAUUUAAAUUGUCCCAUGGGUGAUAUUUAUUAUAUAUUUAUUAUAAAUAGAACGAAGGUAAUUUAGUGUUGUUUUUAUUAAAAAAAACGUUGUAUAUUUUUUCUUGUUUUAAUUUUGUUUAAUUUGUCAAUAUAUCAAUAAAAAAAUAUAUAUAUUAAUGAAAAUCAAAAGAUAAAAAAAUUAAAAAGUUAAAAA